UAGUGCCAUCGCCAUCGCCAUCGCCUGCAAAUCCUUCAAGCUCCAAAUUCCGCCAUGGGCAAAGUCAAGGGGAAGCAUCGUUUGGACAAGUACUAUCGCCUUGCUAAAGAGCAUGGCUAUCGUUCUCGUGCCUCAUGGAAACUCGCCCAGCUCGACUCCAAAUACAACUUCCUCCGCUCCUCCCAUGCCGUUCUCGAUCUCUGCGCCGCCCCCGGUGGUUGGAUGCAAGUCGCCGUCGAGCGGGUUCCCGUCGGUAGCCUCGUUGUCGGUGUCGAUUUGGUUCCCAUUGCGCCCGUUCGCGGUGCCAUUGCUAUCGAGCAGGAUAUCACGAAGCCGGAAUGCAAGGCGAGGCUCAAGAAGAUUAUGAACGAGAAAGGGUGCGCUGCUUUUGAUUUGAUCUUGCACGAUGGGUCGCCCAAUGUUGGUGGGGCUUGGGCGCAGGAGGCCAUGAGCCAGAAUUCGUUGGUUAUAGAUUCUGUCAAAUUAGCUACUCAGUUAUUGGCUCCAAAGGGUGCAUUUGUUACCAAGGUUUUCAGGUCACAAGAUUACAGUUCUGUCCUAUAUUGUCUCAAGCAGUUAUUUGAAAAGGUUGAGGUCGACAAACCAGCAGCAAGUCGAUCUGCAUCUGCAGAAAUAUAUGUUUUGGGUCUUAGAUAUACGGCUCCUGCAAAGAUUGAUCCACGACUUCUUGAUGUAAAGCACCUGUUUCAAGGAUCUGUAGAAUCCCAACGGAAGGUUGUGGAUGUACUUAGAGGAACAAAACAAAAGAGACAUCGUGAUGGAUAUGAAGAUGGAGAUUUGACUCUUCGGAAAGUGUCUUCUGCGUCUAAUUACAUCUGGUCAGAUUCUCCUCUUGAGAUCUUAGGAACUGUGACUUGUAUAACUUUUGAUGAUCCUGCUUGUUUGCUGAUUAAGAAUCAUGAUUUAACAACUGAAGAGGUUAAGGCACUUUGUGAUGAUUUGCGUGUCCUGGGCAAGCAAGAUUUUAAGCAUCUGCUGAAAUGGCGAUUGCACAUAAGGAAGGCCUUAUCUCCCAAUCAAAAGGCUACGCUCACUUCUGUUAAAGAUGCUGAAAAUGAGGUAAAGCAGAACGAAGAUGAUAAAUUACUAAAUGAGAUGGAGGAGCUGACGUAUGCUAUUGAACGCAAGAAGAAAAGGGAAAAGAAGCUUCUUGCAAAAAGGAGAGCUAAGGACAAAGCUAGGAAAGCGAUGGGGAUGCAACUAGACGUCAUGGAAGAGGGUUAUAUUGAUCACGAGUUAUUCUCUCUUUCUAACAUCAAGGGUAAGAAUGACUUAAGAGUUGUUGAUUCAACUGACUAUGAUGUCGACAAUGGUGAGUUGGGAGAACAUGAAAAUGAUGUAACCAAUGAGGAAGAUCAUGGGUCUUCAGCUAGCGACAUUGAUUCUGAUGAAGAGCGCAGAAGGUAUGAUGAACAUAUGGAGGAAUUGUUGGAUCAGGCUUAUGAAAGCUUUGUUGCCAGAAAGGAAGGUAGUGCAAAGCAGAGGAAGCGUGCAAAAAAAGCCUACUCUGAUGAUGCCGAGUUACUUGAGGAGGAUGAGAAUGGAGGCGAUGGUUUUCAAUCUGAUUAUGACUCUGAUGAAAAUCUGGUAGACGAGGAUAGAAAUCCACUGAUGGUAUCUCUUGAUGACGGUGGAGAGCCGACUCAAGAGGAGAUCGCAAACAAAUGGUUCGGUCAGGAUAUUUUUGCUGAAGCAGCGGAAGAUGGAGAUUUGAAGGAGUUGGAUAGCGAAGAUGAUAUGCAGGUUGAUGGGCCAAAAGAAAAAACUGCUGUCACCAAAGUAGCCAAGUCAAAUAUUUCAAAGAAUGCAAGAGAGAAGUCGAAAAUCUCAACCAAUGCAAAAGACUCUAUUAAAGCAGAUGAUGGAUUUGAGGUAGUCCCUGCCCCGGCUACAGAUUCAAGCAACGAUUCAUCCUCUGAAGAAUCCGAGGAUGAAGAGCCCGACACGAAGGCUGAGAUAUUGGCAUGUGCGAAAAAGAUGGUGAGGAAAAAGCAAAGAGAGCAAAUUCUUGAUGAUUCAUAUAACAAAUACAUGUUCGACGACACAGGCUUGCCCAAGUGGUUUUUGGACGAGGAGAAAAGACAUCGUCAACCAAUAAAGCCUAUAACCAAAGAGGAGGUUGCAGCAAUGAGAGCACAGUUCAAAGAAAUCGACGCCCGCCCUGCUAAAAAGGUAGCUGAAGCUAAAGCACGAAAGAAGCGAGUUGCAAUGAAGAAACUCGAAAAGGUUCGCAAGAAGGCAAACAUCAUCUCAGACCAGGCCGAUAUAUCUGAUCGAUCAAAGAGCAAGAUGAUCGAUCAACUUUACAAAAAAGCAGUGCCCCAGAGACCGAAAAAGGAAUUUGUGGUUGCAAAGAAAGGAGUUCAAGUUCGGGUUGGGAAGGGUAAAACCUUAGUAGAUCGACGAAUGAAGAAGGAUGCAAGGAAGCACGGAAUGAGCAAGCAGGGCAAAGGUUCGAAGAAGGGAAAGAACUCAAAGGCUCCAAGAGGUAAGGGGGGAUCUGCUAAGGCUUCCGGGAAGAAGGGAAGAAAGGGAAACAAAUGAAGAUGGGAGAAAAUGUGUGCAAAUGGCGAAUCUACUCUCUCUCUCGUGUAAGAUUUUGCAGUUGAUUCAGUUUUGAUGUUCAUUCUUUGUCCCAUCAAAAGCUAUUGUUUGGAAGCUCUGCCAAAGUUGAGUAUCAAAUGUGACAGUGGUGAAUGGCUUAAGGCUUCCUUAAAAUUACCAGCUUGUUCGAUAGCCAGAUCUUGACCAACGAUCACGACGACCAACGGUGGACGUGGCAACAUCAACCUGCUGUAUUGCUUCAACCAGAUUCUGAAUGUCAAAGAUCAGUGAGUUGAAGAUUGAGUUCACCUUGCAUAGGGUGAAAGGUAGACCUCAUUCCUUACUUGAUUUUAUCUUUGAUUUGAUAUUGUUGAGUCUGAUUAAUUGAACCACAGGCUUACCUUUAAAAUAUACCGAAAAACCUCAUUUAAAUAUAUAGAAAAUUAACCCUUGGCUGAU